ACGCAUACUCCCAUCUCGGUGCACCUUAAUUGCUCUCUCUUCCGUAGCGUAUCUGAUCGAUCGAUCGACCAAGGUGGUGACCAUGGAGGCUUCCAGGAGGUGGCCAUAUGCAGCUUGGUUUAUGGCCGUUCUGGGUUUGGUCGCCGUGUUUUCAUCGUCGGAGGCGUACGUCUUCUACGCCGGCGGCCGCGACGGCUGGGUCGUCGACCCCGCCGAGAGCUUCAACUACUGGGCCGAGCGCAACCGGUUCCAGGUGAACGACACCAUUGUGUUCUUGCACGACGACGAGGUUGGCGGCUCCGUGCUGCAGGUGACGGAGGGGGAUUUCGACACGUGCAGCACGGGCAACCCGGUCCAGCGGCUCGAGGACGUCGCCGCCGGCCGCUCGGUGUUCCGGUUCGACAGGUCCGGCCCUUUCUUCUUCAUCAGCGGUGACGAGGACCGGUGCCAGAAGGGGCAGAAGCUGUACAUCAUCGUGAUGGCGGUGCGCCCGACGAAGCCGUCCGAGGCGCCGGAGCCGGCCGGGGCGGCCGGGCCUGUCUCUUCCAAGUCGUGGUCCUGGCAGGCGUUCCCGCCAGCCGGUGCUACCACCCCGCCGCCGCUGCCGCCGUCCUGGGGCUCGGCGCCUGAGCACGCGCAGGCUCCGGGCAAGAGCUCGCUGGGUGGUUCUGGCGGCGGGGAAAUGUCGCGCAGCAGCUCGCUUGGCGCGCCACCGCCGACGUCCGGCGCGGCAGGGUUGGCCGGCGUGGUUGCCAGUGUUGUGGUUGGGGUUUUAGGGGCUUUGUUGAUGUUCUGAAAUGUUGUACACUGCCACACUAGGACUGGGCAGGACGCCAGGACGUUCUACCUCCAUGGCGAUCAUACAGGUCACAGUGGUCAGCGAGUUAGUCAUAGUUAGUUUGGUAGUUAAAUUAGUAUAAGACUUAAAACUGAUGCACAAAAUAAAGAGAACGCUGUUACACGUACAUGUAUGGAUAAUGAAGGCACAUGCUCGACUAUAAGUACCAUUGGCCUUCAUGGUUCAACGAGAUGCAUAAUUUUGUACAAUA